GACGAAAGUUUGGUACAAAACGUGAAUCGAUCACGAAUGAAAAACCAUUGUACAAGAUUUGAGAAAACAUUUCAUUUUGUUGAGGAACAAUUAUCGAGCCCAUUUAAUGCUCAAAUGUUAGAGUUUUGUGAAUCAGAUUUGUUUCAAGAAACCAUGCAAAACUCUGAAGUUGCUUCGAGUUCAAAUUGUUGUUAUGAAGAACAAUCCUCCAAUCCACCGGAUGUUAUCAAUGCCGCCACCACCGCUGCCACCACCACCACCACCGCCAACGUCCCUUUGAUGUUUGAAGAAGAGAUAAUGGAAAAUGACAUUUCUACCCCUAUUGAUCUCGCAAACGCUUCCCAUUUCACCAACCAUCGGUACCCCUUUAGCAAUCAAGACCAAUUUGAUCUAGAUUUACUCCAAAACCAAAUUCCUACAAUAAUAGACGAAAACAAUGAAGCAAAUGCCCGAAUUUUUUCAUAUACUAAUACGGUUUUGAAUGAUCAAGUGGGGCCCACGAUUGGACAAACACAACCAUUGCCGACUGUUUGUGAAGAAAGCAGUCUAAACUCCGUGUCACCUUUGAAGUUCAUGCGGUUGAAUGAUUGUUUGUCUCGUAAUUAUUCCUUCAUUGAUCCAUCUAUAAAAUCGUACGAAGGUUCCGGGAUUUUCAAAGGGAAUUUGUUUUUAGGAAAUGACAUGUCACGUCAUGAACUUGAAUUCCAUGGAGAUAACGGUGGAAUCUUUGGUUGUGAUCCUCCGCUACACGCUUACAACUCUAAUGAACUUCAGGCACUUAGCAAUGAAAGCCAGCAUCUUGUAAAGGGAAGUGUGAGUUCUACAACGCCAUUGGUGUCCGAUAUCACAAGCUUGGAGUCAGAAACCUUCAGAGUUGCCACCAAACUCACAACUGAAGAAAGGAAAGAGAAGAUCCAUAGAUACUUGAAGAAAAGAAAAGAAAGAAAUUUCAAGAAGAAAAUCAAGUACGCAUGCCGGAAAACUCUGGCAGAUAGCCGGCCACGAGUAAGGGGAAGAUUUGCAAAGAACGAUGAAUUCGGGGAGAACAAUAGAAGCAACAGCAACGAUACUGAUGAAAAUGGAAGAUCUUUCGAUCAGCUUGUAGUGAAGGAUGAAGAACAGAGUUUGGAAUCAUCGGAUAUCUUCCCGCAUUUAAGUGGAUUGAAUUCAUUCAAAUGCAAUUAUCCUAUCCAAUCAUGGAUUUGAAUCCAUGGAGAUAUGGUGAUGUUGUUUCAGCUCUCUGCACGAAUCGCGUGUGAAACUCAUAUCAAGAUGACAAAAGAAUAUCAAGAGAAAAUCAGAUAAAUCAAGACAGUUAAAAAAAAA